AUGAGGCACUUGAUGAACGAUCUUGAGGCUUUAUUACCCCAUGUGAAGAAAGAUGCAAAACUUGACUCAAAAAAUCAUCUGAACCUCCUUCCCGAGCUUGCCGACCUCAACAACUGCAAUAAUGCACUCUACUUUGAGGCACGUCGCCAUGAAGACCUGUAUUUGUGGGCCGCGAAGACGCCGAAUGGCCCCAGUAUCAAGAUGCACGUCCAGAACAUGCAUACCAUGGACGAGCUGAAGAUGACGGGAAAUUGUCUCAAGGGCAGCAGGGGCAUCUUGAGCUUUGACAAGGCAUUCGAUGACAGCGAGUGGGGGCGGCUUACCAAGGAAGUGUUCACACAUAUCUUCGGCGUGCCAGCACAAGCACGCAAGGCGAAGCCUUUCGUUGAUCAUGUUCUAACAUUCUCCAUGCUCGAUAACAAGAUUUGGUUCCGGAAUUUUCAGAUAAUAGAGAAGGAUCCACUACAGCCCAACGGACCACCUCAAACCUCGCUUGUAGAGAUCGGACCACGUUUCGUCCUCACACCAAUCCGUAUAUUUGAGGGCGCUUUCAGCGGGGCGACGGUCUAUUCGAAUCCUGAAUUUAUCUCUCCCGCUGCGGUACGCAUGGCGCAGAAGAGGGAGAAGGGUAACAAGUACAAGAGCCGGAAGCAUGCGCAGUUGGAGAGGAGUAGCAGAAAGGAGGGUCGUAGGAGAGAAGAAGAUGAGUUGGCUGUGGCUAAGGUGUUCUCGUAG